AUGCCUCGUCAAGCCACAAUCACCCCUGAAGAUGUCGACAUUCGUUGGCCCUUUCGUGCAGGGUAUCCACGCCUCCCUCGGCCACCCGUGUGGACUUUCUUCAUCCUCAACGAGGCUGAGAACCCGAUUUCCACCGCCAACUUUGAGCUAUUGAGAUCUCGUAUCGAUGCCAUACUGGAAGCUUAUGAUAUUCCUCGUGGACGCAAUUCUCAUGAACUGGUAUAUCGACGAAGCCGCGCCUCUAUGCUCCCUCGCGUUAUUGUCGACUGUACGUAUGAUAAGGAGGCUAGUCAUAGCGCGAUGUGGAAGAGGGCCGUAACUGAGAUUUACGCGGCAACCCAGUCUAUGAUUGAAGGAGAUAUUGAGGUUGGUGUGGAGCUUCUUGACAGAAACUACAUGCAUACUAUUCAUAUAUGUGCACCCCCGCCUUCUGAGAGUCAAGAGCUGUCAUUGAAUUGGGAGCGUGGAUACAACUACUGUGAACAAAUUCUUCAAUUGUUCGAGAGUCCUUCUCAGAUGAUGCAGGCUAUGUUACCUACGGGUCGGUGCUCAGCCGGUGAAAGGGAGUACGAAUGGACAACUGUCAUCUACUUCUCCGCAUUGAACGCAGAGGAUAGAGCUUGGGAUCACAUCGAAGAGAGGACCCGCUCAAUACUCCCAAGUCACAUCGGCAUUGAAAUUCGCCAGUGUACACGCCAAUUUUUCUGCAAUGAUGAUGGUAAAAGCAACUCUGCAACCAGUAUUGCCGAUAUGUGUAUGCGACCCCCUAGGCCAGGUUGUGAGAUCGGUCGCCGGAGUGACAAGGAGGCGGGCACUAUGGGCGGAUACAUUGUGACAGAGGCCCUCGAUACCAAGGAAAAAACCACAUACGGCGUUACAAAUGCGCAUGUGGCGCUCGGCAGUAAGACUCCAUCUGUGACCAUCCGAAUGGCAUUGUUCACUGACACUAGAAUAAUAGGCUAUGAAGAGUGUACUUUCAAGGAUCCAGCGGGUUCAGAAAUUGUUAUGCAAUCACCGGCCGAAAAAUUUCUCGAAACGAAGAAGUCCGAGUUGUAUACGAUAAUUUCACGACUUGAAAAAAAGGUACGGAAAAAAAAGGAUAUUGUUGAGGCGUUAAAGGCGGAACAUCCUAUCAAAGAUCCAUUCCUGGUUGAGCGACUGGAAAGAAGUCUGAGAAACGACGAGCUGGACCUUGCGUCUUUAAAAAGUGACCUUCACUUUAUCGAGCAAGAUCCAUCUAUCGGCUCGGUACACCAUGCAARACUUGGUGUCAGAAACAUCAACUCCACAGCCUCACCAAACAAAGCCAUUGUUGAUAUAGCGUUGGUGAAAAUAAGUUGUUUGGCUGGCAAGUCCCCUGAAGAAAUUUUUCUCAAGACGAACAGCGGUAAUCCUUGGAUUCUCCCGAGGAAAACAUGUAACUUCUGGGAGGUCGAUUCACUUGGGGAACAGAGUAAUCCCGUAAAACAUAUUAAUGUGGUUGCAAAAAUCUCCAGGUCAGGCACCUACAGCAUGGGCAUCGUGGGUGGGUUCAAAGCACGCAUUUUUCGAGAAUUGCAAAGGAACGGAGUCAAAGUAGAGGAGAACCUUUCUGCGUGGACUAUUCUCGGCCCUCGUGGUUACACGAAGACUCUUGAAUCGCGUCGUUCCUUGUUAUCCGAACCAGAUGAGUCUGUGAACCCUUUUACAAGCCCAGGGGAUUCUGGUUCGUUUAUCAUGGCGGCAGCAGAUUGGAAGUGUGGCGACUAUGAUAAUCGAGUCGCAAUGCCGUCUGAGAAGGUUCAAUUGUUUGGUGAUGGUGAUGUUCGCGAGCCAUUUCUUGUCGGUCUGCUAUUUGCAACAGACAUUGAGGACGAUAUAACUUAUUUCAUGUCCUUCGAUUUGGUCAAGUCUGAAAUUGAGGCAAUGAAUGGUGAAAAGAUGGUAUGGCCUCAAAACCGAACGGAAUACCUAGAGAAGUUGGGGAUAAUAGCGUCAAAUAGUGGUUUGUUAUAA